CUCAAAAAACUACUUGUGCUCAAGAGACACCAUUCUGCAUUGGCAUAUCCAAACCAAAUAUUUCAAGUUCAACAACUAGCUCUCUCUCUCUCAACCCAAAUAUUGAAAUGACAACCUCAUCCUCCUCUGCCAAGCUCCCUGCAUACCAAAGACUCAAGCAUGAUGAUGAUCAAGAUGGGCUUGAACUUGAUGAUGAUUUUGAUUAUGGAAGAGUGAGAGUGUUGGCGAGAUCAAGGAGUACUAGUUGGUGCAAGUUCAGAUUCAGAAAGGUUCAUAUUAGGAGGAGAUCAUUCAAGCUCAAAGUUCCAAGCUUGAAGAGGCUCUUGUUCUUGAGGAGGAAAAUUAGGUUGAUCUCUGCUCUCAGAGCAUCAUGUGCUAAUGUGUUGCAGAGAUUCAAGGAAGGGCAGGCCCACUUUGGUGAUCUUUUUGCUGGCAACUACUUGUUCCUGCAAGUCAAUCCCUGCUCGUUGAAGAGCCUUCACAAGGCUGCCUUGCCCUCAAGCUAUACCCUCGCAAUCCCAACAACAAAUAUUGCUUAAUAUGGAUGCGGUUUCUGCAGAAAGAAAUUUAAGAAUUAUAUUUGUGUGUCUCUAAUAUUGGUCGCUUUUUUACUUCUAGCUUUUUUGGUCACAUAUUGCUUGUUUUUCUGUGUGACAAGACAAUACAUAUGAGAAAUGUCUAAAGAUGGGUUCUUGUCUUUUUCUCUGAUCACUCUCCUAGAAAUUUAAAAGGGGGAAUUGGAACACAUGAUCAAUCAUCACUUUGUUCUCCUUUCCUCUGAA